CUUUGUUUAUGAACUGAUAUAAAUGAUGAUUCAAUCAAGCUUUCUUAACAUCACCAAAAGAAAAACUCAGAUUAUAUAAGAUUUCAGCAAGUUACAAUGAGGCGUUACUCUCUCAAAAUAUUAUAUGCUGCUCUCCUUUUAUUCCAUGCCUCAGGAUUUUCUCUCGGAUUCACAACGCCAAUCAAACCAAGUCCUGAUGCAAAGUGCAGAGAGAAGGAGAGAGAAGCACUCCUCAACUUCAAACAAAGCCUCGUAGAUGACUAUGGCAUACUCUCUACAUGGACAUACAAUCAAAAUAAUACAGAUUGCUGCAAUUGGAAAGGCAUUCAAUGCAACCAUCGAACUGGUCAUGUAAUUCUACUUCAUCUUUCGGAUACACAAUUGAAAGGUGCAAUCAAUCUCACUUCACUCGUUCCCUUGCAAUAUAUUCAACAUCUGGACCUCAGCGAUAGUAAUUUUGUGUUGAAUUACAUCCCAGAAGCCAUUGGCUCUUUCACCAACUUAAAAUAUCUCAACCUCUCAUCUUGUGAAUUUGAUGGGAGGAUUCCUUUCCAACUUGGAAAUCUUUCACUUCUAAGGUGUCUAGACCUUGGAAACAAUAUUCUUCAAGGACCAAUUCCUUUUCAGAUCGGGAAUCUUAGACACUUACAAUAUCUUGAUCUUCGAUGGAAUUUUCUAUCUGGAGAAAUCCCAUUCCAACUUACGAAUCUCAAGCAGCUACAAUAUCUUAAUCUUGGAGAGAAUUCUCUGUCCGGAGCCAUCCCAUUUGAACUUAGGAAUCUCAAGCGACUACACUUUCUUAAUCUUGCAGGUAACACUCUUUCUGGAGCCAUCCCUUUUCGGAAUGAGAAUCUUCCUAACUUACAAACUCUUGGGUUAGGCGGUGAUUUCAAUAUAGAAGCUGAGGAUUCAGAGUGGUUGUCUAAUCUCCACUCUUUAACAACUCUAGAGUUGAGUUCAUUGCAUAAUCUCAGCACCUCGCCCAAGUGGCUACAAGCUAUCAAUGCGCUCAUUCCAAACUUAGUAGAGUUGAGGCUUGUUCAUUGUUCUCUUUCAGAUACUAAUAUCAAAACUUUGUUUCUUUCUCAUUCCAACUUUUCAACUUCUCUUACUAUCCUUGAUCUGUCUUCUAAUGUGCUAACUUCCUCAACAUUUCAACUGUUAUCAAAUUUUAGCCUUAAUCUACAAGAGCUUUAUCUUACAGAAAAUCACAUUGCAUUGUCAUCUUUUCUUUUCUCAAAUUUUCCAUCUAUUGAUAUACUUGAUCUCUCUUUGAAUAAUCUAUCAGCAUCAGUAUUUCAAGGCAAUUUUAGUUUUGGCUCUAAACUACGAAAGCUUCGUCUGUGUAACUGCAGUCUUACAGAUCGAAGUUUUCCUAUUGCCUAUGCUUCCACAAUUAAUUCUUCCUCUUCCCUUGUCAUACUCGAUCUCUCCUCAAAUCUAUUGAAAUCAUCUACAAUGUUUUACUGGCUUCUGAACUGUACCAAUAAUCUUCAGACCCUUUACCUUUCUGACAACAUGUUAGAAGGUCCCAUUCCAGAUGGAUUUGGAAAAGUAAUGAACUCUCUCAAACACUUUUAUGUCUCCGACAACAGACUACAAGGAAAGAUUCCGUCUUUCUUUGGGAACAUGUGCAGAUUGCAGACCUUAUACCUCGGAAAUAACAAGUUGAAUGGGGAAUUUUCUCAAUUCUUUCAAAAUUCUUCAUGGUGCAAUAGACACGUAUUUCAAAAUUUGGAUUUAUCAUAUAACCAAAUUACUGGCAAGAUACCAAAAAGCAUCACAUUGCUAUCUGAGUUGGAGAAUUUAUACUUGGAUGGGAAUUCUUUAGAGGGUGAUGUCACUGAAUCUCAUCUUUCUAAUUUUUCCAAAUUACAAAGCUUAUCCUUAUCCUACAACACAUUGUCUGUAAGAUUUGUCUCUAGUUGGGUUCCUCCUUUUCAAGCAACAACAUUGAGUUUAGCAUCUUGCAAGCUAGGUCCGAGUUUUCCUGGUUGGCUCCAGACACAAAAUUCCUUAAUAUGGCUAGAUAUAUCUGAUAAUGAGCUUAAUGAUUCUGUACCAGUAUGGUUUUGGAACAAGUUGCAAACUUUGAGUGGGUUAAACAUGUCUCACAAUAAUCUCAAUGGGAAAAUUCCUGAUAUACCAUUGAAGCUUCUUUACAGACCAUCUAUAAUUCUGAAUGCAAAUCAAUUUGAGGGUGCACUUCCAUCAUUUUUGCUGCAAGCUUCAGGGUUGUUCAUCUCUAAAAAUAAAUUUUCAGAUUUGUAUUCUUUCUUAUGUUACAAAAUCAUGGUACCGUAUUUGGCAACCUUAGAUUUAUCAAACAAUCAAAUAAAGGGGCAAAUCCCUGAUUGUUGGCAAUCUUUAAACCAAUUACUAUUUCUUGAUUUGAGCAACAAUGAGUUGUCUGGGAAUAUUCCCAUCUCCAUGGGGAACCUUUUUAAAUUAGAAGCGUUGGUUUUACGAAAUAAUAAGUUAACAGGUGAACUGCCUUCCAGUUUGAAGAAUUGCACUAACUUAUUUAUGUUGGAUGUGGGAGAAAAUAAGUUGUCUGGUCCAAUACCAUCAUGGCUUGGAGAAAGCAUGCAGCAAUUGAUAAUCUUGAACAUGCAAGGGAAUCACUUAUCUGAACAUUUUCCAAUUCAACUUUGUUAUUUAAGGCAUAUUCAAUUGUUGAAUCUCUCCAGGAAUAAGUUAUCAAAAGCAAUUCCAGCAUGCUUAAAGAAUUUUACUGUCAUGUCUGAAAAGAGCAUCAACAGAAGUGAAACUCAGCGCCUUAUAUAUGAGUACAAUACUGCUACUUAUAGUGAAAUAUACGGUUUCUUCGUGUCUUUGGCCUACAGGCUUGACAUAACGUGGGUGUGGAAAGGUGUGGAACAGGUGUUCACAGAUCCCCAAUUGAAUCUUAAGAGUAUUGAUCUCUCAAGCAAUAAUUUCACAGGUGAAAUACCUAAAGAAGUUGUGUGUUUGGUUGGGCUGGUUUCUUUAAAUUUAUCAAGAAACAAUUUGAGUGGAGAAAUUCCUUCUGAGAUUGGAAAUUUAAGUUCACUUGAAUCUCUUGACUUGUCAAGAAAUCAUUUGCAUGGUAAAAUUCCUUCUUCCCUUUCCCAACUUGAUUUCUUAGGAAAACUAGACUUGUCAUACAACUCUCUUUCUGGGAGAAUUCCAUUGGGAAGACAUUUGCAGACCUUUGAAGGCUCUAGUUUUGAAGGAAACAUUGAUCUUUGUGGUGAAGAAAUCAACAAAAGUUGUCCUGGAGAGAAUAGAACAGCAAAGGCAGAAGCAGCAACAGAAAAGGAUGGAGAUGAUUAUGAUUUCUUUGAAGCGUUAUACAUGAGCAUGGGAGUAGGAUUCUUUGUAGGAUUUUGGGGCUUAUUAGGACCAAUUCUAAUUUGGAAACCUUGGAGAAUUGCUUACCUGAGCUUCUUGAACAAAUUCACAAACUGAGAUACAACUAUGCUGAAUAUUGCAAAACUUUUGCAAGUCGAUCAAAGCUACGCUAGCAGGUGGCUGGUUGUUACCUUUUUGUGUGAUCUUAUUUCAAUUUGAAGUAAGCGACUCUUCAUGUUACAAGAUCUUGUAUUGUAUCAGUUGUUGGUUUAAAUGUAUUUUCAUAAUGUGUUGUAAAAGGUUCUACUUUCAAAUGAUUUCUCAAGAAAUUGUAAAGAUGUCUUAAGAAUGUAUACCUUUCUUGGUGAUGAUAUAUCGUUUUAUGAUA